AUGGUAGACGAAAUCUGCCAUAUCUGCAAUGACAAAUCCACUGGCAAACACUACGGAGCAAUCAGUUGUGAUGGAUGUAAAGGAUUCUUUCGGCGGAGUAUCCGGAAACGAUAUCACUAUCAGUGCAGAUUCGAACAGAAUUGUGAUGUCACGAGGAAUAAACGAAAUGCUUGCCGAGCGUGUCGAUUACAAAAGUGUGUAAAAGCUGGAAUGAAGAGUAAUGCAAUUCAAAAUGAGCGAGAUGCGAUUGGAAAAAGGAAAAAAGCAUCAGCAACAGAAAAAGAGGACCUAAUUGAUCAAUUGGUGGCAGCUGAAACCCUGUGCCAACAGUUGAGAUCCAGUGUUAUCAAGAAUACUUCUUCGUUGGCUCCAUACGAUUGCGGAAAAGUGAAAUGGAAUUAUGAGGAUGCGAGAGCAGCCACUUUAGAUGAUAUUGGAAAAUCCAUUCAUCAACAGUUGGUUCUUUUCAUCGAAUGGGCAAAAUCAUUGCCACAGUUUUCAUUCUUGGCUCAAGCAGAUCAGGCCGCUCUUCUGAAAGGUGGAGCAGCGGCAAUGAUGGUAUUGGGAGUCGCGUAUCGAUCGAUUUGUCUGAAAAUGGAUAACACAAUUUGCCUGGCAAAUGACACACUUCUAUCAAAAGAGCAAGCAGAAACUGUGGGAGAUAUCAAUCAUUUCAGUGGUGUCGUGACACGAAUUAUCUCUGAAAUUGUGAAUCCAAUGAGACGGAUGAAUAUGGAUCUGAUUGAGUACGUCGCGUUGAAAGCGAUUCUUUUCUUUAAUCCAGUCGUCAGAGAAAUCAACGAUCAAAACUCGGUAGAGACGGCACGAUUCGCGUUUUUAAGGUCAUUGCAGAGAAGAUGUACAGAUAAAGCAUUGGAGAAUAUGGAGGACGAAAUGUUGGAGUGUAGAAGUGGAAAACUUCUCUUAUUGUUACCAUCACUACAAGCGAUUGCACAACAGUUGGUAGAAGACGUACAACUCGCUCGUCUCUUCGGUCUCGUAAAUGUAGAUUCCUUGAUGGAAGAGCUGAUUUUAAAUGAGAUCAAACCAUCGGAAACACAGGUCCUCCAAACGAGUCUCUCCUCACCAAUGAGCACAAUCAAAGCAGAAGUUGAAGUGGAGGAGUAA